AUGUAUCGUGCAGUUUCUACCGGCCGCCUAACGGGGAUCUUCUGUGACAUAGGGGACUCUAAGAGAUAUGUCGAAGGUUAUCCUAAUGCCAGUCACAGAAUCUUUGAGUGCAAAGAAGAGGCAUUCAGAUGGAUGGAGUACAUGAAAAGAUGCGAAAUCGACAAGGAGAAUGCAAGAUUGAGAGAACGCUUUGGGGAGGAUUGUACGGAGCAAGAAGAAUGGGAGAAGAAUGUCAUUGAGCCGUAUAAAGCCGACGGAGAUGCCGAAAGUCCAAGGAAUAUCGAGGGUCUAAACUGGCAGGAUUCCGUCGAAUUACCUCCAGAACAACUAUCUGAGGACCAAAAAUACAUACUUGGUCUCGUAUUGGACGGCCAUAAUGUUUUCUUUACGGGCCCAGCUGGAUCAGGAAAAUCUCUACUCCUGAAACAUAUAAAAUAUCAUCUACGGAAAAAUAAAAAACGGGAAAGGCGAUAA